AUGUGGAAUCUAGCUAAAUCGUAUGUGCUGGUGUUGUAUCUGCAUGCAUGUAAAGGACAAAGCUGUCCCGAGAUUGCACAGUGGGUGGACUCGAUUACUGGAUUUUCCAGUGAAUACCCUACGACCGAAUCAUGGGGCGCUGUUCAGGUUAUUGGUCCUCCUGAUGUUUUCCCGAGUUACAGGAGUUCUGAAUUUGCCUGGUGUCCGUCUAGUGACAACUAUGAUGAUGACGAACAUCUCCAGGUAAUGUUCGCAAAACCAGUGUUGCUCACCGGUGUGGACGUUUAUGAAACAUAUCAUGCAGGCUUCACAACAAGGAUCCUUGCCUUUGAUGGCCAAAAUUGGGUCACCUUAUGGUCAACGUCGACACCAUAUUAUACAGCCGAAGUUCGCGUUCAUAGUCCAACUCUUAACGUGACUGGUAUCUUGACCAGGGAAAUAAGAGUACACGGGGACUGCAGACCAAGUGGCUCUUGGAUAGAAAUUGACGCCAUUCAGCUUCGUGGUUACGCUCCCUCUUGCGGACAAAGCUGUCCCGAGAUUGCACAGUGGGUGGACUCGAUUACUGGAUUUUCCAGUGAAUACCCUACGACCGAAUCAUGGGGCGCUGUUCAGGUUAUUGGUCCUCCUGAUGUUUUCCCGAGUUACAGGAGUUCUGAAUUUGCCUGGUGUCCGUCUAGUGACAACUAUGAUGAUGACGAACAUCUCCAGGUAAUGUUCGCGAAACCAGUGUUGCUCACCGGUGUGGACGUUUAUGAAACAUAUCAUGCAGGCUUCACAACAAGGAUCCUUGCCUUUGAUGGCCAAAAUUGGGUCACCUUAUGGUCAACGUCGACACCAUAUUAUACAGCCGAAGUUCGCGUUCAUAGUCCAACUCUUAACGUGACUGGUAUCUUGACCAGGGAAAUAAGAGUACACGGGGACUGCAGACCAAGUGGCUCUUGGAUAGAAAUUGACGCCAUUCAGCUUCGUGGUUACGCUCCCUCUUGCGGACAAAACUGUACCGAGCUUGCACAGUGGGUGGACUCGAUAUCUGGAUUUUCCAGUGAAUACGAAUAUGCCCGAGGAUGGGCAGCUGUUCAGGUUAUUGGUCCCCCUGAUGUUUACCCUAGUAACGACGGUUCUGAACUUGCCUGGUGUCCGUCUGAUGACAGUUAUGAUGGUGACGAACAUCUCCAGGUUGUGUUCAUUAAUAAUUGUUAG